AUGGACAUGAAUCUUCUCGACAUUGCCGAGAUACAGUCCCUUAUUGGAGUAAGUGAAGAACUCACAGAAAAUGUCAUGCACAGGAUUAGAUCUCUACCGCCCUCGCGCGCAUUUCUCUCAAUAUACAACAUCCUCCUAAUUGAGCGAUUCGAAAGCACACUACCUUUGAUAGAAAAGGUAAUGGCAGAAAAGAUCGAUCUGGACUUUCUUAGACUACUUCAAAGCUCCAGGUUCUAUCUGCACAGAAUGGCUGUUCCUCUCCUUGUCAAGAACCUGUCCUUUGCCGAGAAGAAGUCUAUUCUAAAAAUUAGCUUGAAAGACGAAAUUUGUGAAGUUGUGAAAAGGACGGUGUUCUCGAUACGAGAAAGCAAUCCGUUCGAUGCAGAGGAGCUGCUGGAGAUCGCCCUGGAUCUGUUCAAGAGCAAGUACACAAUGGUCAAGAUCCUCUGUGUCGACAUUUUGGCGAUGCUGGGUGAAAGCAGCUUUCUAUUGAUUGAUCUGAUCAAAAGCACGAACUGGAGGAUGAGAUUGAAGGUGGCGUCCAGAAUAUCGGAAUUCAGCCAGGGCGACCAGGAGAAGAUCACCAGCGAGCUGAUCUCGGAUCCGCUGGACGAGGUGAGGAUUGAGCUGGCCAGACAUCUUACGAGUCUGAGCUACACACAGCUGCUAGACGAUCCAAACGAGCUUGUGAGGGGAAACUAUCUCAGAGGCGUUCUAGACAAGAUUGAGGACGAGGCUGUGCUCAGAAAAAUGCUGGAAGACAGCAGCUGGGAGGUGAGAAAGAGACUGCUGGGGCUCAAGGGAGAGAUGUUCAAGAAGAUCACCAUUCCCCUGAUACGAAACAAGACGGAGAAUGUGCCGUGGAGAGACAAGUACGAGAUAUUCUGUCUGGUUGAGGAGAAGGUCUCGGACGAGUUUACCUCAAAGCUGCUCAUGGUGUUUCUACUGAAGCAUAUUAGAGACAAGGUCUGGGAGGUGAGGCAGCAGGCGCAGCGUAUCUUGGUCAAAAUAGUCCAGCUACACUCCUGGAUAGAGGAGUAUUUCUACGAGCUGGAGAGUCUUGCUGCCAGCCCAAACUAUCUCCACCGGAUCAGUGUUGUCCCGGUAGUCGUUGAAUAUGACCUGCGCUUCAAAACGGAUCUUGGGCGCAAGCUAAAGGAGGAUGCAGUGGCCAAUGUGCGAGAGCGCUUUAAGGACUACUGCGACGCAAGGGGGAUCAAGAUGGACUAUCUGUCUGGCUACGAUGAGGCGGGCUUUGACACCUCGUUUGCCGACUCGCCCCUAGACACUGUCCGGUCCGAGCAUAAUAGAAAGGACCAGAACGACAGCUACUUCGAAUAA